AAAAUUAGAGAAAUGCAGUACCGAACGGUCCAAAAUUUAAAAAUGUUCAAAAUUUGAAAACACAUUUUACAAGCCCGCCCCCACGCCAAAUCUGAGAAAGAUAAAAUGCCUCCUCUUGCUCAUAAUCUUUUCCCAUUGCUCACUGACUGAAUAACGCUCAAGCUUCUUUGUAUAAUCCUCUCUCAUUCUAGAUAAUGGAUGACCUUCCUGAAGCUCUUGUCCAAUACAUUGUAUCGUACAUGAACAAUGCCAAGGAUGUGGCGUUUUCUAACUGUGUCUCGAAGAGAUGGAAGGACUCAAUGCCGUAUCUUAAGAGCCUUUACUUCCCUCGAAACAUUUUUGAUAACCUUACAGGAGACACACCUGAUUGCAUCAUAAGGCAGAUGGUGUCCUCAAUUUGUCGUUUAGAGACGCUUGUUGUUUAUUGCCCUUUCACAAGUGUCGGCCUUGCAUCAUGGCUAUCGGUACAAGGAUCAUUUUUAAGGAAUCUUGAGCUUCGGAUGGACAAUCUUGGUGACCACCAAGCCUGUACUAAAUCCCCCUCAAAGUUGGAUUGUUUAAGGGCUGCAUCCAACGUGGAAUCACUGAGGCUUUGGGGUGUUUUAAUGAUACAUCCCCCAAAUUGGGAUUAUUUUCUAAAGCUGAGGAAUCUUGAAAUUGUUGGUGCAAAAUUGGAGGACCCUGCAUUGGCACAUGCACUCAAGGCAUGUCCCAACUUGACCCACCUUUCUUUACUUGGUUGUGAGGGAUUGAGGUCUGUCCCAAUCGAGCUUCCACAGCUACAGCAAUGCAAGCUUGAUUUUUGUGGCUUGGGUGACUGUUCACUUUCUGUUACCUCUCCCACACUUGAAUCCCUUCAGGUACAAGGUUGUGGCUGGCUCCAGGUUCCUGAGACAAAAUGUUUGAGGACUCUCUCUAUUGCCAACAAUUCUGGGAGAGUUUACAUGGUUGACUUUGGAAAACUUUCGGCCCUUGAAUCCUUAUCCAUCAGAGGGGUGCAAUGGUGCUGGGAUGCAGUCAGUAAAAUUCUUAAACUGGCAAGUGAAGUGAAAUAUCUUUACAUGAAGGUGGAAUUCACUGGUGAUUUUGAGGCCCUUCUUCCUUUUCCGGAGACUGAUUUUGUUGAAUUCUUCAGUAAUCAUCAGAAGUUGCAGAAGUUUGACAUUCAUGGUGCGAUGUUUGCAGCUCUUUGCCAGAAGAACAGCCUAAGACAUAUUGAUUCAAGCUUUGUGAUUCCUUGCUUAGAGGAGGUGACGGUCACAAUCAGAUCGCCACUUAAUGCUGAACAGAAAAUGAGCACUCUCGAGUCCUUAGUCAAGUAUGGAAAGAAUCUUAAGAAGAUGACCAUAAAAAUUCUUCAGAUGAAGAGCAACCACAGCAGUGCAGAUGACUUUUUUGAAGAGAUUUGUAGGUUCAGAUACAUGAACCACAAGAUUAUAUCGAUAGAAUAAACAAACAUUAGAACCCUUCAGAUGGAAAUCAUUCAUUUAUCCUAAUCCUGUAAUUUGUUGUUCUAACUGUCAAAGUUCCUAAUUGUACUCCAUGAUUACCAUAAUCAGGAUGAUAUUUAAAGUAAAAUCAACCAUUUUUUAUUUUCUA